UUCAUUUUCUAACUCAACAACUUAACAACCCCUUUCAAUUUCCAAUCCUUAGCUCCUAACUAUCUAUUCAAACACAAUUCAAGAAGAGAUUGAUAUUAUUCUUUAUAAUUUUUCCCAUUUCCAUGUUAUUUGCUGCUAAUUCUUCACCCUUCUGCUUAGAUAAGUGUUUUGCUCAUUGUAAGUCUGAUUAGAUUAAGUGUAGAAAGAAAAAUAUGGAGAAUAGUUGGAGCUGGGAGCAGAAGACACUGAUUAGUGAGCUAAUCCAAGGGAUGGAGCUGGCAAAACAGUUGAGGGUACAUUUGAACACAGCAUCAUCUGUUGAAAUUAGGGACUCCUUAGUACAGAGGAUUUUAACUUCAUAUGAGAAGUCUCUCUUGAUUCUCAACUGGAGUGGAUCGCUGGGGCAGCAGCAGCAACAGCAACAGCAACAGCAGCAAAAUGUUGGAGCCACGGCUGGUAAUGUCCCAGAGUCUCCUUUAUCCAUGCAUGGCAGUCCUGGAAGUGAUGAUUUUGAUGGGGGUCACAAUGACGUCUCUAAGAAGAGAAAGACGAUGCCCAGAUGGACAGAUCAAGUUAGAGUGAAUUCUGAGAAUGGCCUGGAAGGACCCCAUGACGAUGGGUAUAGCUGGAGAAAGUAUGGGCAGAAAGAUAUUCUUGGAGCCAAAUAUCCCAGAAGCUAUUACAGAUGCACCUACAGAAAUACCCAGAACUGCUGGGCUACAAAGCAAGUGCAAAGAUCAGAUGAUGAUCACACCAUAUUUGAUGUCACUUACAGGGGACUACACACUUGUUGUCAUGGCCGACAAUCAGUUGCACCACCAGCAUCACCAGAAAAACAAGAACAGAAACAAAACAUUAAUCAACAGCAGCAAUCACAAGAUGCUCUCUUUAACUUUCAAAGGGUCCUGAAGGUUAAUACUGAGGACUUGGACAAUAAAGAGAUGGCAUUUCCUUUCUCUUUUCCUCCUACAUAUGGAAGCAUGAAAACUUCAGGCACUUGUUCUCAAUCUUCUAUAUCUCCAGCCACCCCUGAAUCAAACUACUGCUCUGUUUCACCAUUCCAGACGAACAAUUUUGUAGGGGUUCAAAAUUUGCAGUACUGUUCUGAAUCCAAUUUCACUGAGAUAAUUUCCGCCAAUACUUCCGCUGCCAAUUCUCCAGUUGUGGAGCCAGAAUUCUCUCUUCAGUCACUGGAGUUGGAUCCAAACUUUCCAUUUGACACACCAGGAUUUUUCUCAUAACUCCAGUAAGACGCUGAAAAUAAGAAAUGAGAAACACUUUUCACUUAGCACUUACUAUAGUUGUGCAGCUUGCAUCACAAGCGAGGAGAGGAUGCAUGUAAUAUGGGAUUAGUUGUUAUAGUAUUGUGAAAUUUUGAAGUAUUGUAAUAAAUAACAAUACCAGUUUGUUGUGAUCGGAAA